AUGGAUAUCACACAAGAGACCAAAAUCGACAUCGACGACGUGCUUGCAUCUUCAGCUGUGGGACCAGCUAAGGUUCAGAAUCUCAAAGAGUACAUCCAAUGUGUCCUUAAUGAGCAAGUUGGCUUGGUCGUGGCGCGUCAACUGUUAUCCGAGUUUAUCACUUUAUUCAACGAACGAGUUGACGACAAUGAAGUGAAGAAGCAAGUGCUUACUUUUGCGAUUGAACUUGCCCAGCCUCGUUCAGUGAGCUUUGAAGAACAGUUAUCGCAACUACGAGAGAAUCUUGCCAAAGUAUAUGAAGAUGAAGAGGAUUAUCUUGAAGCAGCCAAAGCAUUGCAAAGCAUUCAACUUGAUUCGGGUCAUCGGAGCAUUUCAGAUGAAUACAAGCUUGGGAUUUAUGUACGAAUCAUGCGACUAUUAUUGGAAGUGGAUGAGGCUGUUACUGCUGAUACCUACCUCAAUCGAGCGGCAUUGUUGAUUCACAACUCGAAUGAUCUCGUUCUCAAUUCGACAUUCAAACUCUGCCAAGCACGCAUCCUUGACGCCAAACGUCGUUUCCUCGAAGCAGCCAUCAAAUUCCAUGAAUUGAUCUAUGAGACCCAAAUUGAUGAAUUCGAUCGUCUUCAAUGCUUAAUGUCUGCAGUGCAAUGUGCUGUGUUGGCAGGAGCUGGUCCUCAACGAUCACACAGUUUGGCUACGCUUUACAAGGAUGAAAGGACACACCACCACCUUGCAUCAUCCCCAAUUUUUGAAACGACGUGCACGGGUCGUGUGAUAGGACAUAACGAAGUCGCCGAUUUUUUCGCCACCUUACAACAGCAUCAUCGUGCCAUACGUAAACACAACCUGCUCUCUGCUUCCAAGAUUUACAACAACAUCACACUUGAUGAGCAUACAGCUUAUUGA